CCAUUAUCUGUGCUACGUAAGUCAGCUCAGCUUUCUGUCUGGCUCUCGCGUACCUAUCUAAAAAAUAAUAUCAAUUAAAUAUUAAAGAAUUUCGUGUAAAAGAGGUUGAAAAUCGCUCGUUAAGAUAAUUAAAUUCGUUUUAAGUUUAUGUGCUCGGAUCAUUUCAUCAAAACAAUAAGUGCAAUCAUUUAUACGACCGUAGAUAUUCCGUUUACCAUCUGCUGACGAAAGCUCUGUGGAAAGAAUGGCUCGUGGACAGCAAAAAAUUCAGUCCCAAGCCAAGGCUGCUGAAAAGCAGUCCAAAAUGAAGAAGCAGCAGGGCCAUAGUGCUACAGACCAGAAGAAGGCUGCACAAAAAGCACUUGUUCAUGUUUGUGUAGUUUGUAAGGCCCAGAUGCCAGACCCAAAGACUUACAAACAGCAUUUUGAAAACAAACAUCCGAAGAAUGAUCUGCCGGAAGACUUAAAAGCUAUCUAACAUUAUGUUCUUUUUUAUUUAGACCUAUUAUAAACAACUUAUUUAAAUCCUAAUUCAGGAAAUUUACCUUAUAAACUGACUACAAGGCUGAGGACUAUAUGGGACAAGCAGGGCUGAGUUAUGACUAAGUAUUCAAACUAUGAAAUAGCCGAUUUACUUUGUCAUAGAAAUGUUUGUAGAUGAGAUAUGUCAGUUUAUAAAGUGGAUUACUGACAAAAAAACUGUAAUAAAAAUAAUGCAUUUGUGUAAAA